AUGGAUCCAGAUGCGCAGCGUGAGUUCGUUAGGGACCACAUGGACGCUGACAUGCAGUUCAUUCUGGGUGAGUCAGGUGUCAGCUUGGAGAACCAAGUUGCCAUCUCUCGGCACUAUGGGUCAUUGCGGAAGUUUACAGCACUGGGUGAUGACAGAGCUGCUAUUAGGACCAGUUGUUUGCAAGACUUUGCAAUCCCUAAUGACACACCGGAAGCACGUUCACAGACAGCUUCGGUGGUAGCGGCAUGGGAGACAGCCAGGGAGUACAUGGCGAAGGAAGUUGAGUUGAAAGCAGAAGCAAAAGUCUUGGGCCAGCCUCGCAUUCUUCAGAUACACGAGAGGCAGGCCAUGAUUAGAGCAGUUGAGAAUGUGCAUGGCCAACUCAACGACUCCGAGUGCCCGUCUUCGGACUACCUGUCUUUGAAGGCGGAGGAGACAGAGUGCAAUGAGCCAACUGCAGCUCCCUUGGAUGAGAUAUUGAGUAAGCAGGCUUCAUCCAAUUCACAGAUACAGUCAGCAGUCGACAGCUCGGGGCACAUUAGGGUGACGAGGACAAAGGCGAAAGCAAAAAUGCCAAGCUCCACAGAGGAGUAUCGCAAGGUGAUGAAGGUGGAGAUGUUUGCUUGGCUUGCGAUGGCCUCGCGCUACAAGGCCAAGCAUUGGUUGCAUGGAUUGACAGCAGUCCCCUUUCAGAAGUUUACAGAAUACAUCCUUGGGGACCGGGUGUACGGGAUACAGAUUCCGUCGGCCUCUGGGGACUCAACUUCACAAAGAGUCAAGCCAGACUGGUCCAUUGUGCUGGCAUACGAGUUCAAACUGAGGAAGGAGGCCAUGAAGAAGGUGAUGUCAGGGCAUACUUUGUCGGAAGCCCUCGAAGCAGUCAUCCGUGACCCUGAUCUCAAAGAGGCUUAUUUUACAACACCUAUGGCCCUUCGUGCAUCGAUGCCCGAUCCCCAGCCGAACAAGUUCACGCGCUACAACUCCAAAGGGGGCUAUGGGUCCUUCACUGGAAAGCAGCCUUUUAGCCCCUCAAAGGGGAAAGGAAAGGGUUCCAAAGGGAAGAGCAAGAAUAAGGGUGCAGACCCCAGGCUAAAGGGCCUAAGCUUGGCAUGGAGGACUCCGGACGGUCGUGAGCUCUGCUUUGCGUGGAAUACAGGUGAAUGUGAUGGAGCUUGCGGCCGAGUACAUCAGUGCAGAGUCAAGGGUUGCUACGCAAGCCACAAAGCAGUAGAGCACAACAAAGGACUCAUCCUUGAUGCCAAGGCACCAUACGGAAGGGGCGAGAAGAAUGAGUCCCUUCCAAAGCGCCGGAGGGUUGCAGAAUCAGUGGAAGCACAGUGGAAGCCGGCUCACAGGGGGACCAACAGGUCCCCACAGAUCUUUCCUCCCAAGCUGAAACAUCGCAAACUAGACGAGACCGACUUUGUGCCGAUAGCAGAGAAUUACCAAUCAGCUCAAGUUUCUGCAGAGGAGCUGGAAGAAAAAUUCAGGGAGGAGGAAGCUUUGGGGAGGAUGCACCCGUCAAAGCUGGGGGUGCUUAAGCAGGAGUAUGGCGAGUCAUUGCGCAUAGCAUCCAUGGCCGCCAUCACGAAACCAGAUGGGAGUGUCAGGUGGAUGAUGCAGAUGAUUUACGUGGAUGAUUUGCACGGAGCCCUUGUUGGUGCAGAGAAGUUUCUUUACAUGUGGAUUUGGGUCUUGGCUUUCGAACUCAUUGGGACGCCAUUUGGAUACCACAAGUUCAAAGGUGGCUACGCUUCAGAGUUUGUAGGAUUCCACAUCCGAUAUGAUCUUGCGGAAGUGGGCAUCUCCACAAGGCGUGGUGACUGGUUGGUUCAAUGGAUUGCAAAUGUCAAGAGAAACAAAUACGUUGUGGCAUCGAGAGACUUUUCCGAGUUCCUUGGGCGCUUGGGUUUUGUGGCGCAGUUGAUAACGUGGCUCAAGCCACACCUGUCACCUUUGUUUGCUUGGGCGGCAGUCACAGCGAGGGGCACAGUUGGUCGCCUGCCAGACACGGUCAUUUUGACCUUGUGUUACAUUGAGAAGGAGCUCACUGCUGAGUCAUAUUUGGUUUCAACUCGCAGGCCGAAAGUUUUGGCUGGGGAAAGUUUCCGCACCGAUGCAAAGUGCACGGACACAUGUGUGGUGUUAGCUGGAUGGGAAUUGCAGUCGAAGAGAUGGUUUGUUCUGAAGCUUGGCCCUUCUCAGGUUCCCUACUUCUUCAAGCCCCAAGGGGGCUCACAGUGGGCUUCUACAUCAGCGGAGCUCUUGGCAACCCUGGCUGCUUUGCAUGCGUUUGGAUGGUUGCAGCAUAGCCGGGAUCGCAAGACGCUGGAUGUGGUGUUGUCUGCAGGCACGGACAACUUAGCAAACGAAGCGCUGUCUGUGAAGCGCUCCACAACACGUUGGCCACUGAUGGCAGUCAACAUGCAAUUGUCAUCCUCCUUGGCUCGAGCCAGACUCACCCUUGCGCUCAAGUGGCGCCCCAGAGAGGAGAACGUGGAGGCGGAUCAGCUGACUAAUGAGGUUUACACUGGUUUUGACCAAGGGAGUCAGGUGGAGAUUGCGUUGGGAGAUUUGGACUUGUCAAUUUUGGAUUCGUUGGUUGCAACAAGGGCUGAGUUUGAUGAGGCCAGGAACGCUGCCAAAGAAGCAGCGAGAAAGCUGCCCUCCCAGAACAGGAAGAAAGUUGACAAGUCGCCGUGGUGA